CUGCAGCAGCAGAUAAACACAUCUGCAGGAGCCUCAUCUGGGCCUAUUCCCUUCAUUGCCUUUUCUCCCAUUCAUCAUCAUUUACAUGCCUCAUGAACCGAAAGCAUCAGCAACUGAAUAAACCCCAACAGCUCGGCCAAGGGGCUGUAUUGCCCUGCAGCAGGGUCCUGGCGAUUCAAGAGUUACAGGACCUUAUCCGAGCCCUCCUUCCCUUUCGGGACCUGAAGACAUGCACACUUGUCUGCCGCUACUGGAACAGACUGUUUGAGCCAUACCUAUGGACACGACUGGACUUGCACCAACUCGACCGUGGCAAGCGAACGAUCCUGCGUCGCCACGGCACCUACAUCGAUGCACUCUACUUUGUCCACGCUUGCAAAACCAAUUUCAAAUUCAUCCGUACCCAUUGUCCCUCUCUCACGACCCUCUCUCUAGUUUUCGACAGCGACUCCACCUGGAUCAGCUACUCAUACCUCGAAAAGUUCUUCAAAAGGAUGUCCCAGCUUACCACUCUCCAGAUCCUCUUCGAUGCCUCGACAUUCAGCCCCGGCAUGUUCUGGAGCCUCUCACAGCUGCGAAACCUCAAGUCGUUGAUGAUGGAUGUGUAUUACACAAAAUAUGAGAGCUCGAAACAUUAUCCUCCGGAAGCCUACCUGGCAAUACUGGAUUGCUGCACCCAUGUCCGAGAACUGAUCGCGGGAGGGAUGUUUCUAGAACCGACCGAAGUGGCAGGGCUCUAUGUCAAGAGCUCGGUUAUGCAGCGGAUGAGCAAGGUGUUAAGGCCUCUGCGAGAGAACGCACCGGCAACUGCCCUGGAGGCCAUGGCGGCCGUGGAGCGGUCGAGUUCGCAUGAGCGGUCAAGAUCGACAGGGUCAAGGCUUUCGAUUUUGAAGCGCAGCUCUGUAAGGAUGGCGACAUUUCAUUCGAAAAGCCAUAGCGACUCCAUGAAAGCGGCUGCAGUCUCUCCAGUGGAGGUGCCUUCGCGAUCGGUGACGUAUCAGAUCCGGAGACUGGAAUUGAAGUCAUCCAGGAUGGAUAUCGAUGUGUUCUGUACGCUGACAAGUCGUUGUACGCUUUUGGAAGAACUUGUCCUGGACGGCCUUUGGAUCAGGAUCACAGAUGACACAUGGAGAACACUUGCUGUGAAGUGCCCACGGCUACGAACCCUAAAAGUAUGUGGCAGUGGGGAUCAGUACCUUCCCAGCACACAGACCCUGAUCACUAUUUUUCCUCGGCUCGAGACCUUAAGCUUGAUGACAAUCGAGUUCCGCACCGACCCGGAUUUGUCGAAUUUAGGGACAACACUGCAGACGAUCAAGCAGGCCCAAGGCGAUACGCAUCCGCUCAAGAGCAUUCAUCUCUCAGGAUCGAUUUUGAAGCCGCUCAAGGUGCUCCUGGACAUUGUCACGCAGAGCUCGACGGUCGAGUCCUUAUCUGUGGGGUUCACAUUGACUGCGAUGCGGGACAUAGCCCAGGAGCCAGGGAUGCCCUAUGAGCUCAAGAAACGAUGGCUGUGUCAAGAGAGUCUGAUGCACCUCGAUUUGACGUCGAUCGCGUUCCAGGACAAAAAGAUCUUCAGUAAGGUGUUUGGACAUAUUCAACGACUGCCGCGACUACGAUCUCUCCGGAUCUCUGUGAGCCAUAUCCGUGAGGCCUGGUUCUUUACGACGCGUAGUCGUAGCCGGGGCGAGCCUCGAAAUGGAAGGUCUUCGAAUCGAGAAGGAGCUUCACCAUUGACGUAUUCGAUAUCCUCGUCCUCGACGCCUGAUCUAAGAGGAUUGUCGUCGAAUGGGUCUAGGUCUAGACGGACAGGGUUCUUUUGCUUUUCGGCGUUGGAGGUAUUACGGAUCGGGGUGCCGUACUUUGUGAACAAUAACUCGUUCGAGACGCCGAUCGUGUUUGAUGAGGUCGUGUAUAUGAUCAACGCGUCGCCUCGACUGAAGCAGGUUGAGCUGAAACAUUUGUCCGAGUCUGGGAUGAUCAAGCGACUGUCCGGAGCGUAUCCGCGAAUGGAGUUUUCGUAGGAAGGCACCCGUUUGCUAUUCUAUAAACGGACUGGGCCAACACUAUUGUCCAGUGGGAUUUAAGGUUGCAUGCAGCAGUCCCUUCUGUGGUGUUUUGUCCAGCUGUUUGGAUCGCUAUUUGCAACAUACCACAUGUCACGAUGCCGUUGCUUGCUAUCAUCUGUAGUACGAG